UCCACAAUGCUGAGCAACGGGCGCGCGCGAGUGCCGAAGUGCGCGCGCUGCCGCAACCACGGGCUGAUCUCCAGCCUGCGGGGGCACAAGAAGGCGUGCGCCUACCGCCUGUGCCAGUGCCCCAAGUGCGGCCUCAUCAAGGAGCGCCAGAGGAUCAUGGCCGCUCAGGUGGCGCUGAAACGGCAGCAAGCGGCGGAGGACAAGAUCGCUCUUCAUCUGGCGUCAGUAGAGAGUGGGACUGCCCUGGAGGCGCUGCCGCCGGGCCGCAUCUACGGCAUGCGGGUCACGCAGCCCUGCCCCAGCCCCGGCGCAGAGCCCGACUCCAACAAUGAUGACCAGGCGACGAUCCACAUCGACAGUGAGACGAGCGACUCGCUGCCGGAGUGCCGCGGCCCGUCGCCCGACUCCGCCAGGCCCAGCUCCCCCGUGUCUCCACGAACCAGGAUAGGGACCACCGCUGCUGGACCCGAGUCCGAGGCGUCUUCAGUCAGCGCGGCGGGCCUGGACAUGCUGGGCAAGCUGUUCCCGGGCAAGAAGCGCGCCGUGCUGGAGCUGGUGCUGCGCCGCUGCAACCACGACCUGCUGCGGGCGGUCGAACACUUCAACGCUUCGAGAGGCCAGAACGACAGAGUCCCUGCAUCUUCAGCCCCCUUCGAGGCGGCUUCAGUGUCCAGCACGGAAGAGGCGGAGACGCGCUGGUCGGCAUUCCGUCCCGUUGGCCCGCGGGCGCCAUUACUGCCGGCGCUAGUGAUGGGGCGCGUGUGCGGCUCUGAUUGGCUGGUUCCGUUCAACACGCUGUCGGCUCCGCUGCUGUUCCCGCUGCAGCCGCCGCAUGCGCAGCCACGCGCCUGCACGCCCUGCGCGCCCGAUUGUCGACAGUGCAAUUCACAUCACUAA